GCUAUCGAUUAGCACUACGGUAGCAUUUUUCGACAAGGCAGCAUAUAUCGACAGAACACCGGUACCACUCUGUUGCGAGAUCUAUGUAAAUCAGACUAUUCAACGACGUAAUGAGUGAAAGUACACAUAUACUUAAUCACCAGUUACAACGGUCAACGGGAUAUAUAAACAUCGAAAUGGAAUUAAAAGUUCCUGGUGACAUCGAUGUUCGAGUACAGUUUGACAUUAAAAAGCGAUCAGACGCAGUUUGGGGGAAUAUGUGCUUUUAGAAAAACAUUGCAAUAGUGGAAAGACCAGUUUAAAGAAAACGCGCCGUCGACGUGGUUAGGUGACAGUAGGUACAGUUGAAACAGGUGAAACAGGUAGAAAAUGAAAUGACCUGGUUAUUGUUAAUCCCAUGACAGCGACGUCAUGGGGGCAGUUGAACUGGAUCUGAUCCUCCUCCAAGUAGCGCUGCCACUGCUGAUCCGACCAAAAAAUAACAUGACAUUUGUGUUUUGCUGUUGCUGUCGCUUCUUAAAGUGGGAAAAUACUUCGGAGAGACAGUCUCUCCUUCACCCAGUCACACAAGCCUCCCCAACGGCCACUGCCAUGGAAAAGCGUACCAGGAUGACCCCGAAACGCGUGGGGGUGCCGGAGAUCGAUCAGGCCUUCGCGGACGUCGCCGAGACCUUUAAUCGGCAGCAGGAACAUUACAAGACCAUGACAGAAUGCUUGACCGACUUGAGGGGGAGAUAUCGCUGUUCCCAUGGAGACGGCCUUUCUGUCUGCAUGAGGAACAUAAGGGACGAGCACAGUGCUUACAGCCCCAGCCUCCAGAUGAAGGGCUAUGAUUUCUCACUGGUGCUUCCACCGGGCCCAGUACCCAACCGACUCCAGGAGACCCAGCAGCAGUUGAGGGCAAUAUGUCUGUCAGCCAAGACCAUCACAGAGACAAGCACCAAGUUGCAGGAGAUGAUUGACUGGGUGCUGCAGUGCAAAGCAGAGUUUGCCCAGCAAGUCGGCAAUGCUGCCCAGACGUAUUUGGACCAGCGACGGGUAGAAGCAAACCUCAGGGAGAACAUGGAGGAGGUCCAACGGGCCAGGGAUCUGUCGCAAAGAUACAGACAAGAAGCGGGUGACCUGAUGAAGGAGGUGGCCCAGCUUUCAGGUGUCAAUCUUGCUCCUUAAACCCAAUACGUAGGAUAAU